AUGCGUCGAAAUCGAGCACAUCCGAACGGAAAUACCAACGAAAGCGGAUCCCCGGUCAAUCUUCCACGGCACGUGGCAUUUGUUUGUGACGGCAACUCACGUUGGGCCGCGGCUCACAACCUGCCCUCGUCGGCCGGACACAUCGCCGGAGCCGAUCGCCUCAUCCACGUACUGGAUGGUUUACGAGAUCGACGAGUUCAAUACUGUACUAUGUAUGGAUUUUCGACGGAAAACUGGAAACGACCAGCACACGAAGUCCGCGACAUUUUGAACGUCAUGGAAACUACGGCCCGGCGGUUUUACAACCGAGCCCUCGAAGAGAAUGUUUGUGUUCGACUGUUGGGUGAUUUGGAUGAUAAGCGACUUCCGAAAGGACUUACUACGUUGCUUCGUAAGUUGGAACAGGACACUGCUAGGAAGGACGGCGAAGACAAGUUCACGCUUUGUGUCGCUCUGAACUACGGCGGCCGCCAAGAUAUUUUGAAUGCCAGCCGACGGCUCGUAGAAGCGGUGGACGAUGCCAACACCGAAUUUACUAUCGCAGAUAUCGACGAAGAUGCUUUCUGCUCCUUUUUGAGCACGGUGGGAAUACCAGAUCCCGACCUGAUUGUCAGAACCAGUGGGGAGUCUCGUCUUUCCAACUUUUUGCUUUGGAAUGCGGCCUAUGCCGAGCUCUACUUUACCACCGUCCUCUGGCCCGAUUUUGACGAGACGGCACUGGAUGAUGCUCUCGAAUGGUAUGCGCAACGGAAAAGAAGGUUCGGGGCACGGAUAGUGGAAGCGUCCCCGACGAUUAAAUAA